AUGGUUGCUGGAAGGAAUGAUGAUGCGCUUGCGGAAGCAUUGACCCUGUUGGCUGGUUCCAUUCCACAAAUGAAUGUUGGUGAUCGGGAGCGUGAUGCUAAUGAGUUUCGUGUUAGAAACAAUCCAUCAACUUUUGAAGGAGCUCAUGAACUUUAUAAAGCUCAAGAGUGGUUGAAGGCGAUUGAGAAAAUAUUUCGAGUUAUGAACUGUUCAGAUGCACAGAAGGUGCGGUUUGGAACUCAUAUGCUUGAGAAAGAAGUUGAGUAUUGGUGGCGCAACACUAUUCAGAGAUUUGAUGAGGAUGGCAUUGAAGUGGCUUGGGCACUUUUCCGUGAUGCUUUUCUGGAGAAGUCUUUUCCAGAAGAUGUUCGUGGAAAGAAGGAAAUUGAAUUCCUUGAGUUGAAGCAAGGUAAUGGUAUCGUAGCUAAGUAUGCUGCAAAGUUUGAGGAGUUGAUCAAAUUUUGUCCCCAUUACAAUAUUGCUAAUACUGAGAGAUCCAAGUGUCUUAAGUUUGUGAAUGGCUUGAGACCUGAUAUCAAGAAGGCACUGGGUUACCAACAGAUUACGAGAUUUUAUGAGUUGGUUAACAAGAGUGGGAUUUAUGAUGAGGAUAGUCGUGAGAGUGUUGCUCAUUACAAGUCCUUGCAUGAUAAGAAAGGAAAAGGGCAAUUCCGAGGGAAGUUGUAUGAUUGUAAGAAGAAAGCGGGUAAUGGCAAGAAGCCAAGUGGGGGAGGAUCUCACACUCCUGUCAAGUGA